ACGAUAAAUUGAAAUCUGAGGCUUUUAAUGAUUUCUUUGUCAAUAUCGGGGCAAAACUUGCAGCUGAAAUUGAAGAUAAUUCCCUCAACACAAAUUCUUUUGCUCGCGGAGAUUCUAGGCCUACUACCGACUCCAAUCUUUUUUUCAAAUUUUUUGAAAUUAACGAGGACGAAGUAAUAUAUCAAUUGCGUAGUCUCAAAAUUUCAAAAUCCACAGGAUUAGAUAACAUCCCUGCUAAAGCCCUUAAAAUAUCCGCGGACAUUGUUGGUCCGCCAUUAACUUGGAUAUUUAACCUUUCGAUCAAAAAAGGAGAAUAUGUGGAUGAAUGGAAAAAAGCCUGGGUUACACCCAUUUAUAAAUCUGAUGACAGGUUGAAAUGCGAGAAUUAUCGCCCUAUCUCGAUACUACCCAUUGUUAGUAAAAUACUUGACAGAUGCGUUUUUAAUCAAAUUUAUAAAUUUCUUAAUGACAAUUCACUUCUUUCAAAACAUCAACAUGGUUUUCGGCCUAAACAUUCAACUCUCACCACUCUAACUCAGGUGUGCGAUACUCUUUAUGAAAAUAUGGAUAAUGGUCAAUUGAGCGGCAUUGUUCUUCUUGACAUUCGUAAAGCCUUCGACUCAAUUGAUCAUAAUAUUCUGCUUCAUAAAUUAAAAGAUCAAUUCGGUAUAUCGGAUAUUGAGUUAAGAUG